AAGUUCCUUAUCAGCAAAGAAGCAAACGUCAACCGUUAUGGGGGUUUCUACGGGUACCCGCUUCAAGUUGGUUGUGUUUACGGCCAUAAACAGAUUGUUCAAAUGCUGCUAAAAGAAGGUGCCGAAGUUAACGCUCGAGGUGGACACUACGGCAAUGCUCUCCAGGCUGCUGUUGCGGAAAACCAUGAGCAGAUCUUCCAAACCCUCCUAGAUAGAGGCGCAGAUGUUAACGCUCCGGUCGGAUAUUACGGCAAUGCUCUCCAGGCUGCUGUUGUAAGUCGCAAUAAACGGAUCCUUCAGACCCUCUUGGACAGGGGCGCCGACAUUAAUGCGGAA